UCUCAAUAAAAAUUAUAGAGCAAAUGACUAGUUUUGGUUUUUGUGGGAAAACGGUCCCAGCAUAUUCUGUAAUAACCCACACUCAAAGCUAGAUACCUGUGAAAAAACUGACGUGUUUUAAAUGGAACAGGAGGCCUCUCUGACACACCCAUCAAUGUUUAGCAAUCUUAAUUCACAAUCUUAAUGAGCUUUAAAAAAGUGUCAUAUUUUAGCUGUGAAUCACUUCACAUUAAACUCUGUGAUUUUCCUGCCAGAGUUAUCUUUAGUAAACACUAUGUAUUGGCAGCCAGAUUUGGAGUGAAGUGAAUGUGAGUGAAGCUGGAAGCAGAUUCUGCAGGAAACCCAAAGGUUGGAGGGGGGUUUUCUGAGCGUCGGAGUCUUAGGUCUCUCAAUACCUCCUUUGACACUCCUGGCCACACUGUUCCACCACGCCCAUUACAGCGACUCACUCGGAACUGCUUGGGAAUCAGUGACUUGGUUCUGGAGGCUGAAGUUGGAAAUGAAGGUCUCAGCAGGGUGAGUUCUUCUGAGGGCGCCGAAGGAGAAUCUGGUAGGUGCGUCUCUCCUGGUUUCUGCUGGUUAAUGGCAAUAUUUGAUGUUCUGUGGCUUGUGGAAGCAUCUCCCUCAUCUCCACCUUCAUCUUUACGUGGUGUUCUCUGUGUGUGACUGUCUGUGUCCAAAUUUUCCCUAAUUGUAAGGACAGCAGGGAUAUUGUAUUAGCGGCCCACCCUACUUCAGUAUGACCUUCUGUUAAUGAAUUAUCUCUGCAAAGAUCCUAUUUCCAAAUAAGGUCACAUUCUGAGGUAACUGGGGUUAGGACUUCAGCACAUGAAUUUCAGGGGAACGUAAAUCAACCCAUAACAGUGAAGAUUUAUUAACUCACUUUAGGAAGCUGAUAUUUAUUUAGGAAGUAAAUGUUUAUUGAGCAUCCAUGAUGUGACAUGCAUGAGGUAUUGAGAUUUAAACAGAUAGGCUUAAAUAUUUUCCUGUAUCCAAGUCACUUUCAGUAAAGAAGUAGAGAGACAUAACUUAAUAACUAGAAUACGACAGAGCUAUAUGAAGGCAUUUACGAGGAAUAGAGUUGGUACCAAGAAAGGGGAUGCUGGUGAAGCCUGCUUUUUAGGGGAGGUGUCAGGGAAAUGUCACUGAGGGGGAUACAUUUGGGCUGCAUAUCAAAGCGUUAAGAGGAGCUCCAGGGCAGUCUGGACAGAAAGCACGGCGUGGAGAUCUGACAUGAAAGGGUGUGUUCGCAGGACUUUAAGCCAUCUUAUACGGGAGAGUGGUGUCUACUGGGAGGUGAUGGAUUGCCACUGUGAAGUUUCAAGUGUUGGAGUGAAACUACUGGACUUGUGGUUUUGAGAAGUUCUACCUGACAGUCUGAUGGCUGGCAUGGAGCUGGAAUGUCAGUUUCAUCUGGAAAAGAGGCCAUUGAAACCAUGCAUUUGUGUUCAAGUAAGAAAGUAUAUCCAAGUCACAAAGAAGCAUCAUUUGGCUUUUGGAGACAUGGGCAGCUUCAUUUCUCAUUUGUUCAUUCAGAACUCUCCGCUAGGCUUCUAAAUGCCACAUCCUGUCCAGAAUGAUGAAAGAUACAGAAAAUGGUGCCUGCUGACCUUCUGGAGUUAUUGACUAGUGAGAAAGUGAUUCCUGACAGAAUCAUCAUUUUUGGUAAACAAACCAAGCCCAGAAUCUGAUAAUUGUGAAGCACUCUACACUGACAGUUCUUUGAAACAAAUUUCCUCCUGGCAUUUACACUGUGGCUUUAGCUUUCAAACCGGAGGGUCCUCUUACCCAGCAAAAAAUGGCUUGCCCGAAGAUGAGAUUGAUAUAUAUUUGCCUUCUGGUUUUGGGGGCUCUUUGUUGGUAUUUUAGCAUGUACAAUCUGAAUCCUUUCAAAGAACAGCCCUUUCCUUACAAGAAAGAGGACGGGCCCUUCCUUAAGCUCCCAGAUACAGACUGCAGUCAGACACCCCCCUUCCUUGUUCUACUGGUGACCUCAUCCCACAAACAGUUCGCUGAGCGCAUGGCCAUCCGGCAGACGUGGGGGAAAGAGAGAAUGGUGAAGGGAAAGCAGCUGAAGACAUUCUUCCUCCUGGGGACCACCAGCAGUGCGGCAGAAACAAAAGAGGUGGACCAGGAGAGCCAGCGACACAAGGACAUUAUCCAGAAGAAUUUCUCAGACGUCUAUUACAAUUUGACCCUGAAGACCAUGAUGGGCAUGGAAUGGGUCCAUCGCUUUUGUCCUCAGGCGGCAUUUGUGAUGAAAACCGACUCAGACAUGUUCAUCAAUGUUGACUAUCUGACCGAACUGCUUCUGAAGAAAAACCGAACAAGCAGGUUUUUCACUGGCUUCUUGAAACGCAAUGAGUCUCCCAUCAGGCAACCAUUCAGUAAGUGGUUUGUCAGCAAAUCUGAAUAUCCGUGGAACAGGUACCCCCCAUUCUGCUCUGGCACUGCCUAUGUGUUUUCCGGCGACGUGGCGAGUCAGGUGUACAAUGUCUCCAACAGCGUCCCAUACAUUAAACUGGAAGACGUGUUUGUGGGGCUCUGCCUCGAAAGGCUGAACAUCAGAUUGGAGGAGCUCCACUCCCAGCGGACCUUUUUCCCAGAGGGCUUACACUUCUCUGUGUGCCGCUUCAGGAGGAUCGUGGCCUGCCACCACGUCAAGCUCCAGGCUCUCCUGGACUACUGGCAGGCUCUAGAGAAUUCCCAGGAGAAAGAUUGUCCGCCUGUCUGAGAGGAGCUCAGAGGCACAUCCGGACAAGUUUCAGAUAACCUGUGGGGAUAGUGUUUACAAGAUUUUGGAAGAGGGGGUGGGACAGAGGAUGCCGUUCUUUAGUGCUGAAAUCCACGCCAGAAUGUCGGUGUCCAUGAAGCCACUGAUUAGUUCCCACUUAGUGCUCCAGGCAAUAAUAGGCACCCUGUCUCUUGGGCACGCACAGUCUCUAUACCAAGUGUUCGACAUACACCUGGAUUUUCGCAUUUCAGGGGUUAGUAUCCUAUGAUACCAUGGGUGUUACCAUCCCAAUUUUACAGGUAAGGAAACAGCAGCUGCGAGAGGUACAGAAACUUGUCCCCAGGCUCACAGCCAGUAGACAUAAGAGCAGGAAUGAAAAUCGAGCACUUUCAGAAUCUGGUGGGCAGCCCCUGACUUGAAUCACUCCCGUGUGCUGCCUCCCUUAGGAGGGGACAGUGAUGAUGAGGUCUCCGAGCCGGCAUCCUUCCGUCCCUAUCCAGAGUCCCCUCCACCUCAGCUCCCAGUCCUUGUGCUUUUUAGAGCUAAGCCUGGGAUGACCAAAUUCACCGCAGCUCCUUCAUUCACGGGGCUGGACGUAGCUGGGACCAAGUCCGUGUUACUGGCUCGGUACUCAACACAACCCAAGUUUCAUCCCAGGAAAUGUCCUCACAGUGGAUGCAGUUCACAUGCUGAGGAACGCCCAGCUCUGGACAGAGUUCUUAUAAAUGUAUAAAUUAGGCUCAGAAACCACUGCAGUCUGACCUGCUGUACAGGCUGCCCACACUGCUGACCUCGCUGGUGAGCAGCUUGUCACUUCUGAGCCAUCUGCUGCUCUCUUGUUUCUUCACCCCAGCUGUCCCUUGUUUUCGAUCAAUGGGGACCAGCCACUGCCCCAGGAGCACUUUAGGGCUCUCAGUUCAAACCGAAGGACAGUUGAACUCGGAUGUGUUUCAUGCGGGAUUCUGGGAGCUUUCUGGGAAUUCAGCUGGAGUCAAGUCAAGAUGCUCUCAAGGACCUUUCGGACACAGAGCCCCAAAGUGGACCCUGGUGAGGCAGGGGUGGUCCUGCGUCCACUUCCCAAGCCUGAGCCAAGCUCAUCUUCACUGAAUUUCUCAUUUGGCCGAGUAACAACUGAACUUCGUGGUUUGGUGUUUAGCCUUCAGUGUAUUCCGCUACCUCCCACCCAGAGGUUUGUGCGAGCCUGUUUUGCAGGGUUGUGUGAAACCAGGGCACUGCUUUGUAAGAAGUUGUGCCCAUUCAGCCACGGUCAUGUGACGUGCAAAGUAAUCCUGCUCCUAAUUAUAGAAAUGAUUUUUUUUUUUUUUUUUUUUACUUUACCACACUUUACUUUGUACUCAGAGAAGAGACCUCACAUGGCUGUGUCACAUAUAAAUGUUGGACUCAACUCCUACUUGAACUCAGGAAAAGUUACUUGCUGCAAAAUGGUUUUGACCAUGUUCAGUUGCAAAAGUACGUCUGAUGUUCUAUUUUGCGUACCAUUUCUUGUGUCUGGAUUAUGCUGCUGCUUUGUAGACGUGUUUCCUCAUCCUGGCCGCUCUGAACGCACUGGGUCAUGUUCAGAAAAGCCUCCUU